AUGAAGUCUGGCUUGUCAAGGCUUUUUGAGCUACAGCCCGACCCGUACGACGUCACACAACGACGUUAUAUCCGGGUUUGUGUCUUCAAGGACGUCAAAAAUGCCGUGGAGUUGAGGGACCUGCUCAGAAGUGGCCAAAUUGAUGCGGCUAUGAUACGAGCUGAAUUGGUAUGUUUUUUUUAUUAUUUUUUGUUUGUUUUGGGUUUAGAAAGGAAGAGGAUCAAGAGGGAAAGACCUUUUGUUAUUGUCUAGUAUAAGAUAAAUAGAAUUCAUGGAAGAAUUUUUUGUUGAAUUAGAACAUCUUUCCAAGGUCAUGGGCUUGCUCUGCAGAAAAUUGUAGGGUUCUACCGUUUCCGGUUUGAAAGUUUCAAGCAAGACCUUGUACUUGGUCUAGAUUACAUUUGAUGAAUUUGUUGUGGGCGUACAGGGUAUCAUUUUGGCAAAGACUAUUAUUACGACAACAAGGACUAUGCUAGCUUGCUUUUCACAAAAUUUUAGAACCCUAUCUUUUAAUCUGACGGUUUACGGACUUGAUUCUUCUGUAUUACCCCUGUUUCUUUCAGAUUCUUGAACCAUUCGUCCUUCUAGCGGCGGCGAAUCGUGCCGUUCAUCAAUCAGCUCACAACAGAAUGUUUACCAGAUCAUUAUCCGCAGAAUUAAUCUACUCAUUAUCGCCUACCAGAAAUGUAAGUUCAAUUUGAUGCCUAAGGUAUCAAUUAUUUUUAUUACUACUUUCGAUCUUUAGAUUUCCGAAUCUCUCAACACAUUUGGCAUUGGAGAAGACAGUACGAACCUCAUUGUAGCCUUGUUUGACGACGAGAAGGGAUCCAAAAUGACGAAGUUGGCAAAGAAAAUCAAGGGAACAGCUGUUACCUUGGAUAAUAUUGUUCAGCUAGCAAAUAUUCAUAAAAUCAAAAAGGUAAAAUACGCUCUAGAUUCGUGAUAAUAGUUAUAUAUUGACUUGAUUUAAACGCAUAUUCGAUAUGAUUUUAGAUCUACAAAGUGUCUGAUCCAGCACUGGCGGCGGAAAGCCUCAGCGAUCUUAUAAUCACACGGAUUGUGACCAAAGACGUUGCCACAUAA